CUUUUUCAACCCCAGAAGAAGCUCCUAGUAACGCGGCACCGCCGGCCUUCCCACCGCUCGAAUAAAAUCCAGAGAAUUCGAAACGAAGAGUAAGCGAAACGAGAAAUGGAACCAGAAACAGCGCUAGGGCUUGUACGGAAUGGUGCUACCCUUCUGCUUCUCGACGUGCCUCAGUUCACCCUUAUUGGCAUUGAUACACUGAUGUUCUCUGUGGGGCCAGUUUUUAAGGGUAUUAAGAUGAUUCCUCCUGGCCCUCAUUUUGUAUAUUACAGUUCAUCGAACAGAGAUGGCAGCAAGUUCUCACCAAUUGUCGGUUUCUUUAUUGAUACCUGUCCCUCAGAGGUAAUUGUUCGUAAAUGGGAUCAACAAGAUGAACGAUUAGUGAAACUUUCAGAGGAAGAGGAAGAGAGAUAUUGUCAAUCAGUAAAAAGUUUGGAGUUCGACAGAGAACUCGGUCCUUAUACACUAAGUCAGUAUGGAGAUUGGAAGCGGCUAUCUAACUCCAUUACAAAGACUACCAUUGAACGAAUUGAGCCCAUUGGAGGAGAAAUUACAGUUGCACAUGAAUCGGAGAUGGUCGGAAACACUCCUAAAACAUCAAUGGAAAAAGCUCUAGAUCAGCAGUUAAGGAAUAGUAAAUUUUCUAAGUCUGCCGACAAAUCUCAAAAGAGAGGAUGCUAUUACACAUCAAUUCCCCGUGUUAUAAAGCGCAAAGGAAUCCAUGGACAAGAAUUAACGUCUUUGAAUCUUGACAAGACACAGUUAUUAGAAAGCAUACUGAUGAAGGAUUAUGGAGGUUCUGAAGACCUACUUCUUGGAGAGCUACAAUUUGCUUUUAUUGCAUUUUUGAUGGGGCAAUCGCUUGAAGGAUUUCUUCAGUGGAAAUCUUUAGUUAGCCUUUUAUUUGGCUGCAAUGAAGCUCCUUUUCAUACAAGGAGUCUGCUGUUUACAAAGUUUAUUAGAGUUAUCUACUAUCAGCUGAAGUUUGGAUUUCAAAAAGACCAGACUGGUUCUAGUAAUGUGGAGAAGGAAUCAUCAUUAUUGUUGGAUGAGUCGUGGUUAUCUGCCGAUAGCUUUUUGCACCACUUAUGCAAGGAUUUCUUUUCAUUGGUGCAAGAAGCCUCAGUUGUUGAUGGAGAUCUACUGUCCUGGACAAGGAAACUCAGAGACUUGCUUGAGAACACACUGGGAUGGGACUUUCAGCAGACCAGCACAGUGGAUGGACUGUAUUGUGAAGAAGAUGAGGUUAGUAUAACAUUCCACCAUAGUGGAAGUAUGCCCACUUUGUAUCUAUCCUUAUUGAAUGCUCUCUCUAUCCAGUUUGCUCCUGUUGUUGAGAUGUUGGAGGACCCAAGUGAGCAAUGAGGCUACAGCUUCUUAGACAUGGACACACGAAAUCCAUAAAUAAUGAGUUCAACAAAAACCUGAGAAGACAGCAUCUAGGGCAUGCGAAUGAUAUCCUGUUCUAGCGUCUUUGGGAGGUGACUGAUUGAUCAAACAUAACAUGUGACAGCUUUCUCAGUCUAUACAAAAUCCUCACCUCUUUCAUUUUGUAAAGCCAUAGAUUUAUUAGCAGUGCAGAUAAUUUUAAAAUAUGUCUGGAUCAAUAAUGUGGAGUUUAAGGGAAUUGAGACUUUUGCUUGUUUCA